AUGCCAUUUCAAGACGACAUUGCCACGAUUGCUGGCUUUGUCCCGCUGGCACCGGACGACGUCGGCAGUACGCCCGCGGCUGCUAAGGCCCUGGCCAACACAUCCUCUGCGUCAGGCGCCACUUUUGUGGGGAUCAUCAGCGGCGCGUCUGACAUCGACACGUUCAGCUUUGCCAGCGGUGUGGGCACUCCGAGCAUCUCGCUGACCCUCACUAGCACGGCGGUUGGCAACCAGUUCCCAUAUGCCACUUGGGACCGCACUGACCUCCAGGCCCUGACGUUCAACGGCUCGUGCAGCUCUGCCGUAUUGGCCGUUUCAGACCUCUACACCACAGGGGGCCUGCCAGGCACAGACGUGUCCGUCACGCCCACCCUCCCAGCCGACGGCCUGUAUGCACCAGGUAACCAUAGCUACGCCGUCACCGCCAGCUCUGGGGCGACCUGCACCGUGUCAUUCACAGUCACCCAGGGGCCCGGCUGCAGCAAUGCCACUUCGGUUACCUGCACGGCCGCGCCCAAGGUCGUCACCCUGGCCACUGGCAGCUGCAACGGCGUCACCAUCCCCCGGUGGCAGCUCUUCACCGGCGGCCGGAACGCUGUCGUUACGCCUGGGCUGCCCACGGACAUGUACUUUACCCCAGGGCGCAUGACCAGGUUCAAGGUCACGGCGGCCGACCAAGCCUCGCGCUGCAACUUCAAGGUCCAAGUCAUGCCCUGCACCCCGGUGUGCGCCUCCACGAGCCCGAACCUCACAACUGCCCCCGAUGCGUGCACCUCCAGCGCCAGCGUCAACGCCUCUGCCCUCCUGGUGGCGUCCAGCCUUGGCAAGUCUGCCGACGUGACACUCUCGCCGGGCGGGGCCCUGCGGCAGGGGGUGCGCACGGUCAAGGUGACUGCCAAGUAUGGCAAACUCAGCGUCAAGACCACCUGCACCGUCAACGUGAUGGACCAGCAGGCACCCAAACUCACCCUGGCGCCGCCCUCCGGCAGCCUCUGUGCCUACCCCAAAAAGGGCUCCACCUCUGCUUGCUUCUCCAUCCGGAAGCUCGCAGUCUUGGCGGACAACUGCCGUCCAAAGCCGACGCUGCUGCUCAGGAAUUGCACGGUCACUGCCAACGGCGCCAGCACGGACUGUUUCCAGGACAGCUCCAAGCGCGUGUGCGUGAGAUACAACAGCGGCACAACGCCCCUCACGGCGCAGGCGGUCUUCACUGCCAGGGACGCGUCGGGAAACGAAUCCCCGGCGACGACGCUGGCAGCACUCGAUACCGUGGCGCCCUCCCGCCUGGCGGAUGUUGCGACUAGCCUUGGCAAGUCUAGCGAGCAGCUGCGGGAGCUGGUCUCGGGCGGCGCGUUUCGGCUGAACCAGCAGUCGCUCACGGCGCACUACGCAUGUACCUUUGGCCGCGAGGCCGGCAGCGAUGCCGCGCUGCUCGACACUGGAGACCCGCUUGCCGCCGACGCCAUGGCGCUCACCGCGUCUCUGCAGUCGCUGCUUGAGCCGGGGCUGGGCGACCCGGACUCUAGCCAGGCAUUCAAGCUCCACAGCCGCCCGGGCGCCCCCCGCACCCUGUACCUGGACUUCACGGGGCACACCACCACCGGCACACAGUGGAACAGGCGAGAGGGCUGGGUUGAUUUGUUGCCGGGGAGCGGGUGCCGCGCUCCGCGCCGUGCUGAGGCGGCUCGCCACCGCCCCAGUGGAUUGGACCGCAAGGCCUGGGAGCCCUGCGCAUUCGCAGACAAGCGCUUCUGCUUCAGCGCUGAUUUGAACUACCCGACGUCGUUCGCCACGCCGCCCUUUGACCUGGAUGGCAACACAGCCGUGUUCAGCACAGCAGAGCUGCAAGCUAUUGUGAAGAUCUGGGCGAAUGUUGCUGAGGUGUGCUGGUGUGUGUGA